UUUUAUCACCUAAAACUACAAUUGUCUUCUCUGUUCUUACAUGGUAUCAGAGCCAUUCUAAGCUCUAACAGGCGUUUUAAUGGCAAACUCAUACCCGUUCCCAGAUAAUGUUCAUGUUUCUAGUUCUUUCACCUUGAAGCUCAAUGACAGCAACUACUUGCUGUGGAAGACUCAAUUUGAGUCUCUCCUCUCGAGUCACAAGCUCAUAGGAUUUGUCAAUGGAGCAGUGUCUGCUCCAACUAAGACCCGUCAAGUUGUCCAAGACGGUGUCUCCAGUGAAAUCACCAACUCACAGUACGAGUUUUGGUUUUGUACCGAUCAGCUUGUCCAGUCAUGGCUGUUCGGAACUCUCUCUGAAGAAGUGUUAGGUCAUGUCCACAACAUCUCUACGGCUCGUGAUAUUUGGCUUGCUCUUGCAAAGAACUUCAACAAAAGCAGUGUUGCCAGAGAGUUCUCUCUCCGACGCAGUCUUCAGCUUCUGUCAAAGAAGGAAAAGUCUCUCUCCACUUAUUGUCAUGAAUUCAAGACCAUUUGCGACUCUCUCAGUUCUAUCAGAAAACCAGUCGAUGAAUCUAUGAAGAUCUUCGGCUUCUUGAAUGGCUUGGGCAGAGAAUACGACCCCAUAGCGACUGUCAUCCAGAGCUCCUUGAGCAAGCUUCCAUCUCCCACGUUCAACGAUGUUGUGUCCGAGGUCCAAGGGUUUAAUAGCAAACUACAGUCCUAUGAUGAAUCCUCGUAUGUUACUCCUCAUCUUGCCUUCAUGACUGGCAAGACAAAACCGUGUGCUCCGCAGUUCCAGCCAAUUCAGAAAGGACGUGAUGGUCGCUUUGGACAAAACAGAGGCAGAGGCGGCUACAACACUCGCGGCAGAGGCUUCUCCCAGCAUCAGUCUGUCUCCCCAUCUCAAGGACAUAGACCAACUUGUCAAAUCUGUGGCCGUAUUGGUCACACGACCAUCAAAUGUUACAAUCGUUUUGAUAACAACUAUCAAACUGAAGUUCCUGUUCAAGCCUUCGCCUCUCUUCAGGUCUCUGAUGACAGUGGCAGAGAAUGGCAUCCGAACUCUGCUGCUACGGCUCACAUCACAUCCUCGACGUCUGGUCUGCAGGAGGCUAAAGCUUAUGAAGGGAAUGAUGCAGUGAUGGUUGGGGAUGGAGCUUAUCUCCCCAUCAAACAUGUUGGAUCCACCACCAUCUCCUUUGCUAAAGGUGUAUAUAAUUGAUUUAACCACUCAGAAAGUGGUGUCAAAGGGUCCUCGUAAGGAAGGACUCUAUGUGCUGCAGAACCAAGAAUUUGUAGCUUUUUAUUCCAACCGUCAAUGUGCAGCAUCCCUGGACAUUUGGCAUCAUCGUUUAGGACACUCAAAUUCAAGGAUUCUUCAGCAUCUUCAAGCCUGCAAGUAUAUUCAAGUCAAUAAGAGCAGAAUGACUUCCAUUUGUGAGCCUUGCCAGAUGGGAAAGAGCAAUAAAUUACAGUUUUUUUCUUACGAGUCUAGAGAAUUAAAACCUUUAGAGAGAGUCCAUUGUGAUCUUUAGGGACCAUCACCUAUUGUAUCAAAUCAAGGAUUCAAGUAUUAUGCAAUUUUUAUUGAUGAUU